UGUCGUUCGCCGCCCCGCUGCAUGGACUGGCUGCGGCUGCGGCUGGCCAGGCUGGAGCUAGACCAACGCGUGACGCGGGAGCGCGACAGCCUGCGGCGACCGGCGGCGCUCGGUGACGUCAUGCCGGCCGACGGUGACGUCACGGGCGCGGACGGCGGGGCCGCGCCGCCCAGCAGCGACGUGGCGUUCGAGGACGGCCGAGCCCCCCACGAUUCAGGCGGCGCUCGGUCACCCAGUGACGUCACCCCCACGCCGUGUGACGUCACACCGGGCGACAGCGGCGCGUCGUCGUCGUCGGAAGACUGGCAGACGGAGGACGCUGCGACACUCGUGACGCGCUGUCGGCGCCAGCGGCAGGAGCUGCGCGGCCUCAAGCGGCGCCUGGCUCGGCUGGAGCGGGAGAACGCCGCAUUGCGCAUGCGCCGUGACCCCGACCAGCCGGAGCUGGACCCGGCCGCCAUAGUGGAGGACAUCAAACAGGCGGCGGCGGAGACGGCGGCUCAGCUGGAGCCGUCUGGACUAGCCUACCAACCAGAGACCGGGCUCUACUACGACCACGACUCCGGCUACUACUGGGACCCGGGUCGCCAGAUGUACUACGACGGCACCUCGGGCUACUACCUCAGGUAUGACCCGGACAGUGAGUCGUACGUAUAA